GGGCGGGGCGGCCGGGGAAGCCUGAUGAUGGCCUGCGCGUGCGGCUCGGCCUGAAGGGGCACUCGGAGGACUUGCAGGGCUGGUGAGGGGCGGGGCAGGCGGCGCGGUGGGGGCGGGCCGAGCCCGGAGGCCGGAUGAGCGGACACGGCCCCACGCUCGGAGCCAUGCAAGUAGGUGGCUCCCGACGGCCCCGCUUGAAUUUCGAUCCCAAACCGGGUCCGGCGCUCUCCCAGGCCCAAGCUUAGCGCGGUGCUGCAGUGGGGCCGCCCGACCUAAAGCGAAACCGAAAGCCCCGCGGAGGGUGAUCUGACGACGUUCCCGGGACUGGAAGGGGGAGUCCUGCGAGAGACUGGGUGGCCAUGAACGGUAAGGCCCGCCAAGAGGCGGUGCAGACUGCGGCCAAGGAACUCCUCAAGUUCGUGAACCGGAGUCCCUCUCCUUUCCACGCUGUGGCUGAAUGCCGCAACCGCCUUCUCCAGGCUGGCUUCAGUGAACUCAAGGAGACUGAGAAAUGGAAUAUUAAGCCCGAGAGCAAGUACUUCAUGACUAGGAACUCCUCCACCAUCAUAGCUUUUGCUGUAGGGGGCCAGUAUGUUCCUGGCAAUGGCUUCAGCCUCAUCGGGGCCCACACGGACAGCCCCUGCCUCCGGGUGAAACGUCGGUCUCGCCGCAGCCAGGUGGGCUUCCAGCAAGUCGGUGUGGAGACCUAUGGUGGUGGGAUCUGGAGCACCUGGUUUGACCGUGACCUGACUCUGGCUGGACGCGUCAUUGUCAAGUGCCCAACCUCAGGUCGGCUGGAGCAGCGGCUGGUGCAUGUGGAGCGGCCCAUUCUUCGCAUCCCACACCUGGCCAUCCAUCUGCAGCGAAACAUCAACGAGAACUUUGGGCCCAACACGGAGAUGCACCUAGUCCCCAUUCUUGCCACAGCCAUCCAGGAGGAGCUGGAGAAGGGGACUCCUGAGCCAGGGCCUCUCAGUGCUGCGGAUGAGCGGCACCAUUCGGUCCUCAUGUCUCUGCUCUGUGCCCAUCUGGGGCUGAGCCCCAAGGACAUAGUGGAGAUGGAGCUCUGCCUUGCAGACACCCAGCCUGCGGUCUUGGGUGGUGCCUAUGAUGAGUUCAUCUUUGCUCCUCGGCUGGACAAUCUGCACAGUUGCUUCUGUGCCCUGCAGGCCUUGAUAGAUUCCUGUGCAGGCCCUGGCUCCCUGGCCACGGAGCCUCAUGUGCGCAUGAUCACACUGUAUGACAACGAAGAGGUGGGGUCUGAGAGUGCACAGGGAGCACAGUCACUGCUGACAGAGCUGGUGCUGCGGCGGAUCUCGGCCUCAUGCCAGUACCCAACGGCCUUCGAGGAAGCCAUACCCAAGUCCUUCAUGAUCAGCGCAGAUAUGGCCCAUGCUGUGCAUCCCAACUACCUGGACUUGGAGGCCUGGCUGUUCUGGGCCCCCACUCAUUCCCUUUGGGCCUGUCAUUACUUCUGCCUCACCGUUGACUCUCCCCAGGGCCCCGUGAUCAAGGUGAACAGCAAGCAACGCUAUGCCUCAAACUCAGUGUCAGAGGCCCUGAUCCGAGAGGUGGCCAACAAAGUCAAGGUCCCCCUGCAGGAUCUCAUGGUCCGGAAUGACUCCCCUUGUGGAACCACCAUUGGACCUAUCUUGGCUUCUCGGCUGGGGCUGCGGGUGCUAGAUUUAGGCAGCCCUCAACUGGCCAUGCACUCUAUCCGGGAGAUGGCCUGCACUACAGGAGUCCUCCAGACCCUCACCCUCUUCAAGUGUACACAGUACCGUUUUCAGCUGCCAGCAUCUGCAGUUCUUGCCCGAUGGCUUUCCCAAGGGCUUUCUUUUGCUGCUUGACUACAGUUUUCCACUCCCAUGGCAGUUGGAAGCACAGGGGAAUUCAAGCUCCAUCCCAGAGCAGCUCUAACCAAUAACUGGCAAGACUUGGUGUCUGAAUACCGCAGCUCCCUCCCAUCUGGGGUGAGAGAACUCUGAGGCAUGUAGUUUACACUGGCUCCCAGAGGCCCCCCAGCAGAAUUUCGCUCCAGAGUUAAGCCUGAUAACACAGGCCUCUAUUGGCCAUCUCCCCUUCCUUGUCUCACUUCCACACUCCCUAACCAACGUGUUCCUUCACCUCUCAAUAAAUUCCUUGUACAGAGAUCCUUGUUUCGGGGUCUGCUUCUGGGAAAACUGAAACUAAGUUAGAAAUCUUCUGAGAUUUUUGGAUAAGGAUUACGAUUCAGCAUUGUACUCCAGGUCUUUAGCUAUGUACUAAAACA